AUGUACAGUGACAACGGCACAAUCCUUGUGGGUGCCAACAACGAAUUGAAAAGAGCCAUAGAAAAAUGGGCAGGAGAUGCGACAAUAUCACAUCUAAACAGCAAACACACUGAAUGGCACUUCAUGACGCCAGCCGCUCCUCACCAAGGGGGUAUUUACGAAGCAGCCGUUAAGUCUAUGAAGUAUCAUAUAAAGAGAGUCGUUGGGCUGAAGAAACUGUCCUAUGAGCAAAUGUCGACUCUAUUGACACAAAUCGAAGCCAUACUCAACUCGAGGCCAAUCCAUCCGCUGAGCGAUGAUCCUUCAGAUGUACAAGCUCUAACACCUGCUCACUUUCUCGUAGGUGAGCCAACCAUACUACCGAUUCCAUUUGAUGUCAGCGAUCAGCCAGGUACCUAG